GCACCCAACCUCGAAUUGGUCAACCAAACCUUCGAAUUGAUCCCUAAACUAAUUAAGAAGUGCUUGCGAAAGGCAUAGGCCAAGCUUCGUUGUUUGAUAAGAUGAUGGACAAGAAGAGUGCAUUUGGAUGUUUGGUUAGGAGAAAGCGAGUUGAUACUGCUACCCGAACAAGGCAAAGACUUUCAACUCAACAAUUGGCCAGAAAACUCUCUCUUUUCGACGUUACAGCCAUUGGCGUUGGAGCAACCAUAGGUGCUGGAGUCUAUAUUCUUGUUGGAACAGUUGCCAGAGAGCACACUGGACCUUCUCUCACCAUUUCCUUCUUUAUUGGUGGAAUAGCGGCUGCUCUUUCUGCAUUUUGUUACGCAGAGCUUGCGUGUCGCUGCCCAUAUGCUGGAAGUGCAUAUCAUUACUCAUAUAUUUGCAUUGGAGAAGGGGUCGCAUGGCUAAUUGGUUGGGCUUUGAUACUCGAAUACACUCUUGGUGGUGCAGCUGUUGCUCGUGGCGUAGCACCCAAUUUGGUAAAGAACCCUCAACGUGACAUGCCUCUUGGUAUAGGGAUUGCACUAUCCAUAUGUGGCAUAAUGUAUAUGCUGGUAUCAGCUGUUAUUGUUGGUUUAGUUCCAUACUACGCAUUGGACCCCGAUACACCAAUUUCCUCUGCUUUUGCAGGCUAUGGCAUGGAAUGGGCUGUUUACAUUAUAACCGUUGGAGCUGUGACUGCUCUUUGUGCAAGUCUUAUUGGUGCAAUUAUUCCACAGCCUCGAAUACUGAUGGUGAUGGCUAGGGAUGGAUUACUGCCAUCCUUUUUUUCAGACAUCAGUAAGCACACUCAAGUUCCUGUCAAGGGAACCAUGGCAACUGGUAUCUUUAUUGCAAUCCUAGCCUUCUUUAUGGAUGUCUCUCAGCUAGCGGGAAUGGUUAGUGUUGGCACAUUGCUCUCAUUUACCGUAGUUGCUCUUUCAAUCUUGAUACUUAGAUAUGUUCCACUGGAUGAACUGCCUAUCCUGCUAUCUGACCAGCAAUCAAACGUCAUUCUGCGCUUUAUAUUGUGUGGAAUCGGAGGUAUGCUUGUAAUUUGCUGUUUGGCUGUGCUUAGUUCUAUCGAUCAAGCUGACACAAAAAAGAGUUUCACGAAAUCAGGAGGUUUCAUUUGUCCAUUUGUGCCUUUCCUACCAGUAGCCAGUGUUCUUAUAAAUACAUACUUGCUGGUAAAUAUUGGAGCUGAAACGUGGAUACGUGUUUUAAUAUGGCUUGCUGUGGGAGUUAUCAUAUACAUAUUUUAUGGCCGAGGACACAGCUUAUUGUUAGAUGAUGUUCGAAGGCCUAUAAAUCGUACUGACAAUGGCCAUGUGGGUGCAACAUUAGGCUAACCUCAUGUAUCAAUUCUGUACAAUAAACUUAAAGAGCUAAUCAACUAAAACCAGGUAUAAACCUUGGUUGUAAAACACCUAAAAGUACCAUGUACUUGUAAACUUCAUUGUAAGAUGGAACUAUAGCAGAAGACAUGAUGCUGAUUGCCAUGGUGUAUAUAAUCAUUCAAAUUACCUCUAGUUAAUUGAGGCCUCUUAACAGGACUCCCAGAGGAGAAGGAAAAUAAUUGCCAAUGAAAGGGCAAUUUUCUCGCAUUGUGCUGAUAAAGAUGAAUGAAGCUGGUUCAUAAUUUUGGGGUGAAUAAA